AGAUUGUUUCCGGAGGGCGGAACAAACUUGUUUAUAAUUCUAUCUGGUGUCGACUCUCAGUGCGCAGGCGCAGCCCGGGUGACGAAGAUGGUGCUCAUCAAGGAAUACCGUGUAGUGUUGCCAGUCUCCGUGGAAGAGUAUCAAGUAGGGCAGCUGUACUCUGUGGCUGAGGCCAGCAAGAAUGAGACAGGAGGAGGAGAAGGCAUCGAAGUGCUGAAGAAUGAACCUUAUGAGAAGGAUGGGGAGAAGGGACAAUACACACAUAAAAUAUACCAUCUAAAGAGUAAAGUCCCAGGGUAUGUGAAGAUGAUUGCACCAGAGGGAGCAUUAGUUUUUCACGAAAAGGCUUGGAACGCCUACCCAUACUGUCGCACUAUUGUGACGAACGAGUACAUGAAGGACGACUUUAUGAUAAAGAUCGAGACAUGGCACAAACCUGACAUGGGAACAGUAGAAAAUGUCCAUGACCUGGACGAGCAGACGUGGAGGACUGUGGAGGUGACUCCCAUAGAUAUUGCAAACAAAGAAGAAGUGGCCGCUGGGGACUAUAAGCCAGAAGAAGAUCCAGCUCUUUUCCACUCCACCAAGACAGGCAGAGGACCUCUCGGCCCUGAAUGGAAGAAUGAGCUGAAGACAGAUUGUCCUUACAUGUGUGCAUACAAACUGGUCACUGUCAAGUUCAGAUGGUGGGGUCUGCAGACCAAAGUGGAAAACUUCAUCCACAGGCAAGAAAAGCGUAUUUUCACCAACUUCCACCGUCAGCUGUUCUGCUGGAUUGACAGAUGGGUGGGUUUGACCAUGGAGGACAUCAGGCGGAUGGAAGAGGAGACCCAAAAAGAGCUUGAGGAGAUGCGUCAGAAGGGAGAUGUGCGAGGGACCUCUGCGACAGACGAGUAGAGGCCCGUCGCUGUAGCUCAAACACUAGAGGCAGGCUGACUGCGUCAAAAAGGUCCGAUUCGAGGCACCAGUGCUGCUCAUGAGCAAUGAGGCAAAUCAACCAAACCCUGUCAUGAUGAUGUCAUCAGAGACACGUCCACCACGAUGAGGAAGUGGCCCUGACGUCGCCUCUUCUCUUCCUGUCUCACAUGAUUCAUUGGGGGGUUUGACAAAGAUUGGUUAACAGUACUGUACAGAUCCCACCCCAAUCACAAGCCUCCUGUUCACUCAGAAAACAAAAAAAACAUGGUUUUGCAUACAUAUAAAAAGAAAAAAAAAACUCUUUGCACAGAACGUAACUUGCCUGAUAUGUAAUUGUUAGUUGAUUAUUACAAUGGGCUUUUUUUUUUUUUAUUCAGGUGUGUAAACCGUGACUCAGAAAGACAAGCCUUUUAAAUUAAUUAGAAUGUUGUUUUUAGGUAUACAGGUUCCCACAAAAAUUGGUUGGAAUAAGAUGACUUUAGCAGGUACUGGACCGUUUAUCUCCUGACCUUCCCUUGUAUUAUAACUGUCUGUCUCUACUAUAAUCCCUUUCUCUCCCCUCAGUAUUGUCUAUAUUCUUGUCCUGAUAAAAAUUUGUCUAGAUCGCCACCCUCUUGUCUCACUGUCCCCUCUGUCUGGCAGUUGGUUGGGAAUUCAGAUGUUUUUGUUUUUUCUUUCUUUUUAUAGUUUUAAUUUAGAGGCUAUUCCAUGCCUGUUUAUGGCUCAAAGCAAAUGUAAUGCUCAUGCAUAAAUAAUUCUCUGCUAUUGUUUUCCCCACACCUACGUCCCACAUUUCGACAUGCACACCAGGCCUCCUCCUCCCUCUCCGUCACAAGUGCAUGUGGACAACAGCAACUCCUCACUAAACUGUCAUUGCAUGUGUGUAGUCGCUGCAAUGCAGCUUUGCUCAAGUGGAUUGUUUGUGUUGAUUAGAGAGAGGGUUAGCGCCCUCUAGGAGAGUCUGUACAAUACACUUGUGUGCAUUUGUGUGCUUGUUUGUGUUAUGGACUGCCUUCGCUCUUAAAGGACUGUCACUCUUGGGACUGAGAUGGAUAACGUUCAGCUUAAUAUCAAGGCUUCUGAGUGCUCUCACUCCACGACCAGCCUGUUGAACUUGCCUCAUGCUGUUGCUGCAUGUCCUUUCUCUUUAUCUAGGGCUUAAAGUGGAGGGCAGCCACAGCCUCCACAGAAGCUUAUUUUAUUUAAUUUUUUUUAAACUAAAACAGGAUGAGGAUGAGAGUCUGUGCGUUGCUGCGUGCAUGAAUCAAGGUAGUUUUUUUUUUUUAUAUAUAUAUAUAUAUCUUUCUCAAACUACCGCUUCCUCUCUCAACUGACAGAGCAAAUGGGUCCAGGCAGAUCUGCGAUGUUUGUUGCAGUUGUGGAUUGACAAGCAUUCUGGGUGUAUAGUUUUUUUAUUUUUUUUUUAUUUUCACCAUGUAAAGUGAGCUUUUCAUUUACCCGAACUACAAAAAAAGUAUGAGGGCAGUCUGAACUUUUCUUGACUUAAGGAUGAAAUCAUUUUGGCAAAGGCUUAAAAAAAAAUAAAUAAAAUAAAAUUGGACCCCGAUGUUGGUGAUCUAGUACGAGCCUUGAUCUGAAAACAGGUGGCAUCUUUAACCUGCUCUCUUUCCGGCAUCACAUUUUAUUAUUUUUUUGUGACUGCAUUAACUCGAGGUUGUAGCCGUUAAUCACAGAAAGAGCUCACUUUAGCCGUCUUUAAUUUGAGUGUAAUGCAGAUCCUGUUGGGCUCGAGGUAAAAUAUCUUGUGAUGUUUUGUAUGAUCAUGACGUAGCUUAGUGCAGUUGUACAGCUCUGAUUAAGACUUGUUUAUUCGAUCGGGUAUGAGUGUCUAGGUUUUGUUGUAACCUAUCUGUGUGUGGUGUUAUGUUGGACGGGUUAUAAGAGAGUUAUAAGUGUACUUUAUAAUAGGCCCAUUAUAGAAAUGGACAAACUGUACAUACAAACACUGACUUGAAUUGAAUAUUCACAGCUACUAAGCACUGUCAGGUCUAUCAUUCAAUACUGUACUGCUAAAAGUAACUGAGUAAGUUAUAAUGUUGUCAGAGCAGGUGAUGUCAGCUCUGUGGACAGUGCUGUGUGCGUAAAGUGAAGCAAACUGUCCACGUGUUGUUGCUCAUACCAUUAACCGUACCUCAUCCGUGCUUAUGAAUGUACAGCUAGGACACAGAUGUGUCAAACUAUGCAGGAAGUUUCUGAAUUGCAGGAACACUGACAUGUUUCACACCUGUACAGGCAUGACAUGGAGCCAUUAUAUCAUCAAUACAUGAGGAGAGAUUUACUAAAACAACUCCAGAUUUGGAUCUGCAUGCUCAACACUUUGUUAUUCUUUACAUUUUCCUUUCUUUUGUCUCGAUUAUUCUCCGUUUAUGUUUGAUCAGGACAAAGGUGCUUUUGAGAAGCUCUUGAACUGCAUCAGACAAGAAGGGAAAUCCUUUUAAAGGGCGGCUUCUCCUCAAAAUCAAACUGGAUUCAGCUCGACCUCAGAUUACCGACGAGGAGUGAAAAGCCUGAGUUUGGUGAUGACGGGGAGUCGCCCUGUAGACUAGAACAGGCUGCGUGAUGUUUUGUAGCAUUACCAGUGAUGCCAGCCAGGGUAUGAUUGUGAGGGGAGGGAUAGAAGCUUAGGGAACAGAUGGAGUCCAAAAUACUGUUUUCUUUAUUGUAAUCAUGAAUAAGCACUUGCAAAAUCUACUGUUUUUUUUUCUUCUGUGUUUUUUUUGUUUUUUUUGUUUUGUUUUUGAAAGACAAAGAUUCACAUUGUAUUCAAUUUUCUCUUUUACUGAUAAGGCAAAUUCAGGGGAAUUAGUAGUGAAUGUAAUACAAUUAGUUCCUUUUUUUUUCUUUUUCACAGCUUUGGCUGUGACAGAAGGUCUAGAGACAAUGGAACAUAACAGAAUAUCUAAUAAAUUUGAACAAAUAAGAGAAUCAA